AUGGGGGAUCAGCUGCCCCCUUCUCUGCUGCCUGGCUGCUUGGGUGAAGGGCUGUCCAAAUACCCUUUGGGUGCCGUAAGGGUCCAGAGGACUCACAAUGACAGCACAAAGACAGUUUCACCUCAACCUCAGUCUGCCUGUUUCCCAAAAGAAACGCCCCAGUCUUUUAAAAGACAUUUUGUUUUCGCUUUCCCCUACUACAUGAGUGACCUCGUCCACAGCGCUCCUCUUCCGGAGCUCCAAGGCGGACAGAGCGCACUUGUUGCGGAUCCGAAAUUUCAGGAAAUUGUGCAGAGAAGCCGCAGUUUAACAGAGAAGAUCCUGCUCUCCAUCCCCGAGACGCACAAAUCCUGCAUUCAUACAGAGACCCUGAAACUCAAUUCCUCAGAAAAUGCAAAGCUUGGGAUAAUGGCAUCCAACAUUGGCAUCCAGUCUCCUCCUGUACUCAGAGUUGUGUCAGAAAGCUUCUCUUUGGACACCAAUUUGAAACGGAUGUCUGAGGGUCUUCAGCUUCACCGGGACCUGCUGAACUCUGUCGCUCCUCGGCUGGAGAAUAAAGACAGAGUGACUGAGCUGACAGCUGAUAUCAGAGAUCUCAACAUGCAGAUCAAUAAGCUGUUGAAGAUGCUCCAAACAGAGACUGUGGCUCAACCGACUCCAACCCCUGUGGCCUUACGUCUCCCAGGGGAAUAUGAGGUUCAGGUGGCAGCACACCUGACCCUGGUGCAGCUGCAGUCCUUUGGGCAAGACAUGGUCCGCCAUCUCAGGAGUAUUGACCAGAGCAACGAAGAGGAAACCGAGAGCUGA